CUGGAGUGGUGUGGGAGAAUAUGCUCUCAAUGCUUCCUUUUCUUUAUUUCAUUUUCUUUGGAAACAGGAAAGAAUCGGAGGCUGAAGCAGGCCAAAGAAGAAGCCCAGGCAGAGAUUGAGCAGUACCGCCUGCAGAGGGAGAAGGAGUUCAAAGCCAAGGAAGCAGCGGCACUUGGAUCUCACGGCAGCUGCACCACGGAAGUUGAGAAAGAGACCCAGGAAAAGAUGAGCGUGAUCCAGCAGAACUUCCAGAAGAACCGUGAGGUGGUCCUUGCCCAGCUGUUGUCACUGGUGUGUGACAUCAAACCCGAAAUCCAUGUGAAUUACCGCAUCAAUGGGUAGUAGCGGAAUAAGUGCACUGGGGCUGCCGGUAGUAACGUCUGAGCUUCAGGUGGAAUGUACAGCUCUCAGCCAUUCCUUCACUGUUCCUGUAAAUGUGUUCAGUUA